AUGGACACCCUCCCGCCCGAAACGCUCCAGCGGAUAUUCGAGCUCGCAUGCACCGACGGCGGACACACCGGCAACGCCCUCUCCCGCGUGUCCAAGGCCGUCCGCGAGCUCGCGCGCACGGCGCGCUUCCACUCCGUCGCCCUCGCCGCGAGCCCGCGCCGCCUCCACGCGUUCGUCCGUCUAUACACGCGCGAGUGCGAGGGCGAGGGCGACCCCGCGCGCGGGUACUACAAGCCCCGCAUCCAGCACCUCCAUGUGGCAUUUCCUCGCAUAUCGCGGCUGGACGACGAUACCGUCCCGGCUGGGAUGUAUGGGAUGCGCCGGGCGCGUUCGGUCUCCCCGCCGCCACGGCGCUCGCCUUCGACCGCGCCCUCUCCCGUAGACCCGGAUGGCUCAUCGGACCCGACAGCCUCCCCGGAGUACCUGCGUGCGGCGCAGACGCUGUUCCGGCUGGCCGCCCCCGACCUGGCGACCCUCGUCGUGCAAUGCGGCUUUACCGCCGGGGGCGCGCUGCAUCUCCCCGUCAUAGCCUAUCCCUUUCCGCACUUACGAGAGGCGGCGUUCGUCGGCGUGGCAGACCCCCGCACCCUCUUCGCAUCCGACCUAUUAGACUCCCCGGACCGGACGCAGGCCCCGCCCCUCUUCCCGGCAAUGACGCAUUUGUACGUCGUGCCGCCCUGGGGUCGCGGGCUCGAGCUCGCGCUGUGGGCGGCACACGCCCCGCAGGUCGCGCACCUGGGCGUGUCGGGCGCGGACGACUUCGUCGACGAGAUCGCGCGCGCCGUGGGGGUGCGCGUCAAGCUCGGGUUGUACGACUACGACUACGACUCGGAGCUGGACUCUCCGUCCCCGGUCGACCCGGCGGCCCCGGUGGUGCCGACGUAUCCCAGCGUGCGACAUCUCCUGCUGCAGAUAGGAUGCGGGCCGAUAAAUGCCCCGUGCGGGAACGCGUGGGAUGGUUACGAGCACGGACAACGCAGGCUGCGGGAGGUGGUGCGCGGCUGCGAGGCCACGGGCGUCGAGGUUGUCGAGGUGGCGGCACCGGCGGUGGAGGCGUUUGGCUUUUACUACGAGCGGGCGCGCCAGGGGUGGUUGGAGAGGAUUGAGGAGGAUGGCGACGGGGCGGGCUGCUGGGCGGAUAUGGUCGUCUCCCUCGAUCUGGUGGUGGAGGAGCCCCCUGUCUUCUCUUUCGACUAG